GAUGUCCCUGCUCAGAAGUGUCACGGUGUUGGGGACACCCAGAGGGGGGUGGGUGGCAGGUGACAGUCCCUACCCUGUCCCAGCCCUGCUCCCUGAGGGGAUCCCGGGGUUUUCCCGCAGGGAGGAUCCGCCCGCGGCUGCUCCAAGAUGCACAGAACCACCCGCAUCAAGAUCACGGAGCUCAACCCCCACCUGAUGUGCGCCCUGUGCGGCGGCUACUUCAUCGACGCCACCACCAUCGUGGAGUGCCUGCACUCCUUCUGCAAAACCUGCAUCGUUCGCUACCUGGAGACCAACAAGUACUGCCCCAUGUGCGAUGUGCAGGUGCACAAAACCCGGCCCCUGCUCAGCAUCAGGUCGGACAAAACCCUCCAGGACAUCGUGUACAAACUGGUGCCGGGGCUCUUCAAAGGUGCAGCCAAGGAUGGGGAGGAUUUCCCCAGCCGUGUCCCUGUCCCCGCAGUCCCGCUGGGCUCGCAGGAGGAGCGCGGCGAGGUGGCCGAGCGGGAGCAGGGGGCGGUGCCCGAGGACGAGAUCGUCAGUCUGUCCAUCGAGUUCCACCGCGACCCCAGCGAGGAGCAGAAAGGCGCCGAGGAGAACGGGGACCUGGACAAGGACAAGGACACCCCAAAGGCUGUGAGCCCACAGCCCCGUGCCCCCCAGGCCCCGCCGUCCCCCCAAUGGUCGAAAAUGUUUGGGAAAUGCUCGGGAAUGCUCGGGAAUGCCUGGGAAUGCUCAGGGGGCACUGCCCAUCCACUGCUGAUCCCUACUUGCCCAAAAUAUCCCUGCUCAGCCAUCCUUUCCUGGGAACAGGAUCCUUCCUUUUCCCUGGGUUUGGAUCCAUCCUUUCCCUGGGUUUGGAUCCAUCCUUUCCCUGGGUUUGGAUCCAUCCUUUCCCUGGAUCUGUCUCCAUCCUUUCCCCUGCAGGUGGAGGUGCUGUAUGAGGACGAGCCCCUGAAGGAAUAUUACACCCUGAUGGACAUCGCCUACAUCUACCCCUGGAGGAGGACCGGUCCCCUGGCGCUCAAGUACCGCGUCCAGCCCGCCUGCAAGCGGCUCCGGCUGUGCCCGGCCGUGCCGCCCUCCGAGGGCACCAACACCAGCGGCGCCUCCGAGUGCGAGUCGGGCAGCGACAAAGCGCAGAGCCCCGGGCUGGCAUCGCCCCCCGGGCUGGCAUCGCCCCCCGGGCUGGCAUCGCCCCCCGGGCCCGCCCUCAACGGCUCCGCCUCGAACUGUCACCCGCUGCCGCCCGGUUGUCACCCGCUGCCGCCCAAUUGUCACCCGAUGCCACCCAGCUGUCACCCGCUGCCACCCGCCCGCGGCCGCAAAACCGCCCUGAACGGCAGCGCGGGCUCGGCCCUGAGCUAAAAACCAACGGGGGCUGCUGGAAACCCUCCUGGGACUCCGAAAAAUCCUCCUGGGACUCCAAAAAAAUCAUCCUGGGAUUCUGAAAAAUCAUCCUGGGACUCCGAAAAAUCCUCGUGGGACUUCUACAACCCCUCCAGGACCUCCGAAAAACUCUGCAGGUGCUGCUAAAAAUCAUCCUGGGAUUGCUAAAAAUCCUCCUGGAAGUCCUGCAGACCCUCUAGUGAUGCUAGAGAUUCAUGAGAGGUUCCUAAAAAAUCCUCCAGGGAUCUUAUGGAUCCUCCAGGGAUUCCUACAGAUCCUCCAGGGGUUCCUGAAAUUCCUCCUGGGAUUCCUGAAAAUCCCCCUGGGAUCCUACAGACCCUCUAGGAAUUCCUCAAACCCUUGGAUCAGAGAUU